GCCUCAUGCAGAAAAGUAAACACACCAGCUGUGCCCCCCACUCCCUCCUGGGGAGAAAAAAUCUCAGCAGAGUUGAAGGUGGGAGGGGAGAGGGUCUCCUGUCUGCGCCUUUGUCAUGGGAAGAUUUUACUCUGCUGCUUCAGACAGAAGGAGGACUUCAGUUUAAGCACAACCAGACGCUCGACUGCGAUUUUUUUAAACUUUGUAACUGGAACUGAAAACAAAGGUCUGGAGAAUGAACUCAUGCUGACUGGAUGUCUGACUGUAGGUCCCAGCUGAAUUCUGCAUCCUUUCCUCAUAUCUAUUAGAGAAGGGGGGUUCACUGUGAUGAACAGGAUGCUUCCUCAAAGAAGUGCUGUCGCCACACUGGGCUACGGUUCAAACUGUGUGAAGACUGAGCACAGCAACAGUAGUUCAGUGGGGGGGACGUUACUGAGGGGCUCCCGUUCAAAGGCAGAGCUUCAGGAACUGAUGGAGACACUACAGCGCAGGAAGAGUGCUCUUGAAGCCAGCCUAAGGGCAGCAGAGUGCAGCCGCAAGUACCUCAGUGUGCCUCCAGCUGUUGGAACCCAGUCCACAAGACCACUGUCAAUCCUCAGUAAUACAGAGCGAACCCCAUCUGCCUCUAGAAACUUUUCUUACAUCACCAGCAACAGCGUGCCCCCAUCCCCACGUCAGGGCGAACGCCAGCUCAGCUCUAACGGCUUGCUCCGUCAUUACCACUCUCGCCACCAGUCCCAGGAUAGUCUUCUGCUCUCCAACACAGCAGAUGGAAUCUCGCUGCUCUCCACCUAUGGAGAGCCUCGUUCUCCCAGGGUGAAAAGUGGAGCAGCCAGUGUGCCGUCCAGCCCUCGAAUGGGCCGCAGACUCUACUCUCAAGGCAAACCUGGAGGAGACUCAAGACAGAGGAAAUACUCCACUGGCUCCCUAAACAGCCUGGGAAUGCACAGUCGUUCUUUGCCACGGCUUCACAAUGCAGCAGAUCCUCCUGCUUUGUCACUGCCUUUACGUCAUUCUGUAGGUUCCCACAGAGGGGUAGUUUCAGCAGGACAGCGGCGCAGUCUUUCCUCCCUGGAACAGCCACCAGAUGUGACAGUACCAGCCAGCAUGCCCAGUACACCUAGGAGGUCCAGUCUGGUUUCUUUGAGCUCACUGGGUGUAGAUAUUGAUGGGACAUGCUUUGAUCUGGGCUUUGGAGAGAGAAGAAUGUCAUUUGGUAAGAGUGGUUUGAGUCCAGGACAGAGGGUGGGCAGCAUCAGUUCUUUGAAUGGCAAAGAGGAGCUCAGAGACUACCAUCAGCACCAGAGAGAUGAGCGGCUCAGGGAGCAGAAAGUUCAGAGACUGGAAUGUCAGCGUCUAGAGACCAUCCUAAACCUGUGCACUGGGAUGGGACAGGUGGCAAGGGAACCAGCGGUCUCAGCUGUUUCUGACCUGCAAAAGAUCAAUAAAGAGUUGGAGAAGCUGCAGGUGUCAGAUGAUGAGUCUGUGUUUUCUGACUCUCCCAGCAGCACUGCUCCAGAGCGUCAGCAGAGCAGCUACAGAGAAGCCAGGUCCCACUCACCUGCUACUAGCUUGAACAGCAGUGCCCCCUCUCCCUCUACACAUCACAGAGCCAAAGCCUUGGAGUGUGUGCAUCUCAAACAGGAAGUAACCCACAUAGAGGAAGAAAGAAUUCAAGUUCUGAACAACAUAGAGGAGCUGGAGCAAAAGAUCAAAGACCUGGAGAACCAGAUGGAGGAGUCUCUCCGAGAGGUAGAGGUGGAAUGUGCUCUAUUGGAUGGAGAGCAGGAGUCUGAGAUGGCCCAGUUACAGAAAGAAAAGGAGCUGCUGGAUGAACUCAAGGGGAAAAUGCACAGAACUGAGAAGACAACUAAUGGAGAAAAGUCUCAGGAAACUGAGGAGCAGACCAAAAGUUUGGAGGAUUUGGAGUUUCAGAAGCUGGAAAGAGAAAUUAAGCAGGAUGAGGAAAAUGAGAAUCAGAGCCAAGAAUUGCUGCAAGAGAUCGCUGAGUGUCAGCAGCUUACUGUCACGCGCAAGGAAAGAAUUAUGACUUUGAAUAAACAGUCCUCACAGAUUACUCUACAGGCUCAGCAGGAAAGAGAGAAUUUCCAGAGAGAGAAAAACAACCUGCUCAUCAUGCUUCAGAAGGAAAGAGAUAAACUAGUGUCUUUGGAAGGAAAGUAUGCAGAACUAUCUGAUGGGCAGACCUUCACUAACAACCCUGUAGGCAUUAAAGAGCACUUGCACUCUCUGAAGGAAAGAAAAAGAAGCAACAAAGAAAACUCUGCCCACCCAAGUGAAAGCCUACCUCAUAAGAGGAGCCAGCAGCUCCUCAGCUCAUAUGGCAGAUCUCUGGGACGCACACUUCCUCCCAAGUCUCACCUACCUUUAUCCCAAAGCUCCAGCUGUGGCAGCGUCAUCCCACAAGGCUUCAGCUUCUCACCUCGAGAAGUGAGCACCCGUCGACUGGCUAAGACAGGCAACAGCCAUGCACACAUGAAUGAAGACCGACAGAGACAAAGUGAUUUUUGCAGCAGAAUGGUCUCAGAGCCCAACGUAUUCCUGGACUCUUUCUCUUACCCGGACACCAGCCAGGCCUCGGACACAGUCAGUGUGGACAGUUCUGACAGCCUGGAGACCAGUUUCUCUGCCUGCUCCCCAGACAACAUCUCCAGUGCUAGCACAUCUAACAUGGCAAAGAUUGAAGAGAUGGAGCGUUUACUCCGAGAGGCCCAGGUUGAGAAGCAGAGACUCCUUGAGCAUCGGGAGCGGGAGAUGGAGAUUCGCAAGCAAGCUUUGGAGGAGGAGCGUAGAAGAAGAGAGGAACUGGAGAAACGACUGCAAGAGGAGACAUGCAGGAGACAGAAACUUGUAGAAAGAGAAGUGAAGCUCAGGGAGAAACAGAGAUCACAGUCUCGGCUGUUGACCCGCUACCUCCCUGUUAGAAAAGAUGACUUUGAUCUUCAUGGCCACAUCGAAGCAGCUGGACACAACCCAGAUGCCUGCUUCCAUCUGGCCAUCACUGAUAAAACCUGUAGGGGAUUUAUGGUCAAAAUGGGAGGAAAGAUCAAAACUUGGAAGAAACGUUGGUUUGUUUUUGACCAGAAUCGCAGGACACUCACAUAUUAUGCAGACAAACAUGAGACCAAGAUGAAAGGAGUCAUUUACUUCCAAGCUAUAGAGGAGGUGUACUAUGACCAUUUAAAGAAUGCACACAAAAGCCCCAACCCCUCACUGACCUUCAGUGUCAAGACCCAUGAUCGGGUGUACUACAUGGUGGCUCCAUCUCCUGAGGCCAUGCGCAUCUGGAUGGAUGUUAUUGUAACUGGUGCUGAAGGACACAUGCAUUUCAUGGUGUAACAGACCUGGGUCUGAAUUUAUUUGGUUAACAUUGAGGAGACUUGCAGCUUUCUGCUCUUUCCUGCUCUUAUCUGAGUAACAGCAAACAUGUGUCCAGCUGAGAUGAUUUUCCAUCAGGUCAACUAAACAUUAGCUUUUGUUUACACUUGUAGUCAGUUACAAAUGAGCCUCUGCUCACAUGCACAAUUUAUAGUGUAACUGUGCAUUAAAAGAUGAAAAGAUUUGAAAUACUGGUUUCAGUAUUAAACUAUUUAGUGUUUUUCUUCAAUAAUUUAUGUUAAAUGUUUAGCUGCAGCACAAUUUAAAAUUUUCCUUUUCCUCUCAGACUCAAGCUGCUCCAUUUCCAGUCUUCCCUUCUCUUGCUGCUUGUCAUAAACAAAUGUAUACCCACUAGCUUUCUAUAAACUGUGGCCUUUUGUAUAUAUUAGCCAAGUUCAAACAAGAGUUUACAUCUGUCUCUCUGCCUUCUUCUACUUCUGGUUUGACUCCAUCUUUAAAGUGUUUCUUUAUCAGCACAUUUAGCACACUGCUGCUUCCAGUCUACUAGUAUAAGCUGAUCUUUUCUGCUUAUAUAGCAGGGUUGAAUGUCCUCUUUCAGUGUUCCUUCAGACCAGGUUUUGCACCACUUUUAUGACAAUUAAAUUCUUUUUUCUUCACAGAAAUUAAAUCAGUGAAAGAAAUAUGAUUAUAGACACUUAAUAAAGCUCUUUUCUUGUAACCGUUUGUAACUUGAGAAAUGUUCUACAGAGAAAGAAAACAUCCCUCAUCACAGAGGUACUGUGUUGUAUAUAUAAUGCUGUGCAGCUAGCUCCCUCUGUCUGUAGUGGAGGCUGCAGGCCUGACAUGAUGAGGCCAUGUUGUGCAGUAGUGAUGUUGCAUGCACUGCGUCACCAAAGUGUUCCAUCAACUAAAGUAUUUCAUUCUGUUUCACCAGCAGAGGUCCUUAUUGUAGUCAUUGCACUAGAAUGACGUAAUGCUCAGGCUGGUUGACUCAUACUCAUUUAUAUAAAUAAGUCAUUUGGAAGAAACACAGCCUCAAUCACCCAUGUUGUUCAUGCUAAAGUUCAAAAUAUGUGGAGUUAUAGGCACAUGUAUAACAAGCUUUAUAUUUGCUUUUUGAAAGCAAAGCAUUUUAUAUAUAUAUUUUUUUUGCAUUGCAUUUAUUUUGUGUAUGUUCUUUGCCUAUCUGCAGCAGUCUGUUUUACACAAAGUGACCAACUGUUGUUUUUAUAUAUAUAUAUAUAUAUAUAUAUAUAUAUAUAUAUAACUGCAAGGAUCAUUGUUUGUCUUGUUUUGGUUGAGUGUUAUACUUCUGCAGAGUACAGAUCAGGCUGUAAAGCUGACAGUGUUACAGAUGAGUUGUUGCCUUUGCUGGAUGCUUCUCAGUGAAGAAAGGUACUCGUCAGGUAAACAUCUCAUCUUGAUGCUGUUGGGCUGUUGUGAGACAUAAGCCUUGAAAAAGAAAAACAAUACUGCAUUCAUAUAUUUUUUAAUACAUUUAAGGUUUUAUAUUUUGUAUAUAAACAUUGUCAUUUUUAAGUUGACACUAUGAUUCAGGUUUUUAUAUUUAACUUGUGUCAUGAAUAAAUCAUUCUGAUUAUGAGUCAUAUAAUCUUAAUUACUUA